UUCUAUUGUAAUAGCUAACCCAAGACGCGCGCAAACACAAGAGUCAGCCAUUCGUUUUAUCGCACCUAUCAUCUGUCAUUUGCUCCCAUACAGCACGAAAGCGUGAUUCUGCCAGUUUAUAAGGCAUAAAACAGCAAACAAACACCAAAGUGCACACAUUGAUGCACAUUAUUGUCAGUGAGUCUUAGAACUUCGCACUUUGAUCCUUUCACUUUUGUUCGACGUACCUUGGCACACGUAAUUUUUCUUCAUCCGGAACGCUAAAUUAGGUAGAAAAAGUGAAUAUUUAUGUUUUCUAUAAAGUGUACAGUUUAAUACUGUUUACUUAUAUCAUCAUGGGAGUGCUCGCCUCCCUAAAACAAUCAUCAGUGAUACAUCUUAUGUUUGCUAUUACAUUUUUUACAUCUGGUUUGAUAAUCAAUUUCUUCCAAUGCAUUUUAUAUUUUGGACUAAGACCCUUUUCCAAGUACCUGUAUCGCAAGAUUAAUUAUUAUCUCUGUUAUUCCUUCUAUUGUCAGUUAGUAUUUAUGGCAGAAUGGUGGGCAGGAUCAAAUCUUAUAUUGUACAUAGAUAAAAAGGAUUUUGACAAAUAUUUUGGCAAUGAACAUGGCUAUCUUUUAAUGAAUCAUAGUUAUGAGACUGAUUGGCUGAUAGGUUGGCUACUAUGUGAUCGUGUGAAAUUGCUAGGCAAUUGCAAAGCAUAUGCUAAGAAAUCGAUACAAUAUAUUCCGACGCUAGGAUGGGCCUGGAAAUUUGCCGAAAGCAUCUUCCUUGAAAGAAGUUGGGAAAAAGACAAGGAAAACAUUAAGAAUCAAAUUAAGGAAUUAGUUGAAUAUCCUGACACGAUGUGGCUUCUACUUUAUCCUGAGGGUACGCGCUUCACAUCAAAAAAAUUGGAAGCCAGUCAAAAAUUUGCCAUUGAAAAAGGUCUACCAGUAUUAAAAUAUCACUUAACACCACGCACAAAAGGCUUUAUUGCCAGCAUUCCACAUAUGAGAGGCAAAGCAACAGCUAUUUAUGAUAUUCAAAUAGCAUUUAAACCAUCUGAUUCAAUAAAACCGACUAUGAAGAACCUCCUUUUAGGAAAACCGCUGAUGGGACAUAUGUAUGCCAAAAGAAUUCCUAUUGAACAAGUGCCAGAGGGAGACGAAGCUGCUGCUGAAUGGUUGCAUAAGCUUUAUCAGCAAAAGGAUCGUAUGGCAGAAAGUUUUUAUAAGACGGGGGAUUUUUUUGCCAUGAGCGGUGUGCCUAGGACAGACUCGUUCAUGUUAAAAAGGAGAUAUUAUUCUCUCAUUAACACUAUAUUCUGGGCGAUAAUUGUCCUUGUACCAAUGCUAUAUUACCUUCUGAGGCUUCUUCUAUCUGGAACCAUCAUCUAUUUUCUGAUUGGAAUUGCAAUUAUCUUUUUAUUUUAUCUGCUAAUGUACAAAACACUCGGAAUGUCAGAAAUAAGUAAGGCUUCAUCAUAUGGUGCAGCGGAUGCAAAAAAAGAGAAAUAAUUUUGAAUCGCGAAAGAUGACUCCUAAAAAGAAGUGUCAAAGCAAAAAUCAGCAAGAUUUUUAAGUAGUUUGAAGGAAAAAGGAAGAAGCUAUAGAAGACAGAAAUGUAUACAUUUGAUUUAUACUUCCAUGUAAUUCAUUCAGUGACAAAUUAUUUGUAUAGAUUCAAUAUGUAACACAUGUACAGACAAAUUUAUAUGUAUAUUAAGUGCAAGUGCGUGUGUGUAUGCGUAUGCGUUUAGGGUGUUCAGUAUAUUUUAUGUGAAGAUAGAACGAGUUAAUGAACCGAAUAGACAAGUUCUCCUUUGUAAUUUCUACAACAAUAAUGAAAAAUUAAUUUUAAAAAGUCAAUCCGUGCAAAUUGUUAUCGCACACUUUAUACAGGGUGUUCAUUUUAAAACUUUUCACCUGUUUAUUUUACAAUUGACUACUUUUUGCGAAAAAUGCCAAAAGACGUCAAUUUUGUUUUCGAGGGGAACAUUUAAAUACAUUAAAUGCAACGAAACUUUUUCAUUCCUUUCGUGGAGGUAGCUACGCCUUCAAAAAUCUUAAAUGGCAAUAGGGGUCAAGUGAUAUAUCAUUUUAAAGGUCUUCUGAUUCUCUGUACAAGAUUUUGGAUAUUUUUUUUCUUUUUUUUUCAUUUAAGUGAGUAUUUCUCGAGAGAUUGCACUUGUAAGUUUUAGGUAUCAAAAAUGUUUUACAUAAAAAGAUACAAUUUGGAGUAAAAUUUAUUUAUUUAUUAUAACAAAUGUCGAAAUGUUCUCCAUUGUUUUCUAAACAAUAAUAUAAACGAUUUUCAAAUUCUAAACGAACAUUUUGAGAAAAGAUUUUUCUGUGGGGGCACUUAAAAUCCGUUGUUUAUGAAAUAUCAGAAAAUGUAAACGAUUUGUGUCGAAGAAUUGUACAAUAAUGGUAUUCUUGUAGAAACUUUUCAAAAUGUUGUUAGUUCAGAAUUUGAGUAUCGUUUAUAUUAUUGUUGAGAAAACAAUGGAGAUUAUUUUGAACACUUAAUACUUGAAAUAAAUGACAAAUAAAUUGUACUCCAAAAUGUAUCUUUGUGUGUAAAACGUUUUUACGACACGUUCCAAGUGCAAUUUCUCGAAAAAUAUUCACUUAAAUAAAAAAAAAGGAAAGAGAGUUAUACAGAGAAUCAAAAGACCUUCAAAAUGAUGUAUCACUUGACUCCUAUUGCCACUUAAGAUUUUUGAAGGGAUAGCUACCCUGAAGGGAAUGAAAAAAUUUUGUUACAUUUAAUGUAAGUAAUUAAAUGUUCUCCUCGAAAGCAAAAUUAACAUCUUUUGAUAUUUUUCGCAAAAGACGUCAAUAUACAGGGUGUCAGAUGUAUAUGUAUCCAAAAGAAAGCUCUUGUAGCUUACCUUGAAAGCUCAAAACACUAUAAUAAAGUAUUUUUUCAUCGAGUAUUUUUCGAGUUAUGAA